CGUUUUUUAGGUUUUGUUGACGUUUCACGGAUUGUUUCCACUCAAAAUUUUGAUGUGAUAAUGUUCAAAAUACCAUCUACGAGCAUACAAUAACUCGCAAAAGAAACCUCUGUAUUUCCAACAAAGCGAUGUGACAAAUAUUUUUACCAAUAUUGGCUUGUGUCUUAUGUAAGUUUGUUUUUGAACACCAUGCAAUAACCAGGGAGUGUUAUACACUCCCACAUUCGGAGAUUGUAUAUUUAUAUUAAAUUUUAUCGACUACUCAUUGGUUAUUUUGGACUGACUAUCUCCAAGAUAUCGUUUACGCAUUUCUCUUAAUCCGUUAUUUUAACAUCUCUGUCUUUAAUCAAUAAAAUUCGAAAAACUUUCCUACAGUCAAGAUCUCAAAAUAAUACAAAAUGCGCUUCAAUAAGCAAGAAUUAGUGACUCUGGCGAUGCAACCCUCCACGAAAUUCGAAAAAGAAGGCAUUUUGUAUAUUAGGGAGCGUCAAGAAGGCUUUUUUAGGAAAUCAGAAAGGAAGGAUAGCAAAUCACAUAAACGUGAAAAACGACUUCGAAAUCUCAGCUGUGUAGGGGUCGUUAGCAAAGUAAGUUUAGAACGAUGGUGCAGGCUACGAGGCAACUUGCUAUUUUACUUCAAACACAAAGAUCCAUGGUCAGAACCGCUCGGCGUUGUUGUUUUAGAGCAGUGCCAAGUGAGGAUAGAUCCGCCUAUGGCUUCACCUCCCAUUGCAGCUGAGGGACAGUAUCCUUUCUAUUUAGUGUUUGAUGGUGGGUUGUGUCAAGCGCUAGCCUCUACAUCAGAUGCCGAGCGAUCCAGUUGGAUGGAUGCCAUAAGGCAGGCUAGCUACGAAGGCGUCAGAGCCGAAUUGAACGCUCUUAGACAGUGUAUAGAAAGACGACGGAAUCACAAACCAAAUAUUGAUCUUCAUACUUGGAGGCUUCAACAAAACUAUACAUUUGAUAUUACUGAAGUGCCACUCUGUGAAAUAUCUCUAGCUUGUGAUAACUUGUUGUGCGAUGGUCACGGAAGACCGCCGAAUCCAACGUUGGCAGUGGACGUCUAUAUGUCUUCCUCGAAAGUGUGGGUGCACUAUGGACGAACUGAGAUCGUUGAGCAUACCAGCAAUCCAGUGUUCCUGACAACUGUGCAGUUUCGAGCAUCGGAUCGUCUAUCUUCCUCUACUCCUGUCAGAUUCAGCGCUUGGGACGUUAGAGAACGGGUAUCAGCCACAGCUACGCCCUUAGGUAGCGCUUGUGUGCUCCUAGGGGCUCUGAUGCAGGAACCUGCUAGACUAAGGGUGCCCCUAGCGGGUGUGAAGGCAAACACAUCGGCCGCAACGGCGAGUGGUAAAGGAGCUACUCCAGCUGGGUUCCUGACAAUCGCCGCAUGGCCAGUGGAUGCUGAGGACGGUAGAGGCAGCAGUACGGAACACACUCCUUGUAGACAUGUUAAUAGCACCUCAAGUACUACUAGUACCGGGAACGGCAAUGGAAAUGGGAAUACAACGAAUGGACAGCAGCAGGUAAAGGUGUGGUCCCAUCGACGUUCCCAAUCGUUGCCGCCCAGACUGAGCGUAAAGAUACGUCUUCCUAGUCAAUCUGAACUGAAAAUACUCUUUGCUUCACCUUACGUACAAACCUAUCGCUUCCACUCCGGCUUAGGCGGGGACAUUUGCGUGCACGAGUACAUGGCUGAAAGCAGGCUGUGCUUCUCUUUUCCCAAACAGAUAUUAGAUGUAUGGAUUCAACAAGAAAAAGAGUUGCUUCAAGAGGUGGCAGGUAUGGGCGAGUUACGCGAACCUUGGCAUUCACGUCAAGUAGAGCUACUCGAUCGACACUUGCAUCUUCUUAGGUUGUAUUCGCAAGCUAGAGAAAAUCUAUUAGCGCAUAAGGGUAGUUUCUUCAAACCUAGCUCUAGAAAGACCGAUCGUAGUUUUGAGUUCGUACCUAUCAACCUUCACUUACAACGAAUGUGGGUGUACAACGAUACCUUGAAUAAGUCAGGUUUUUACGAUUGGGUCACUGUAGGCGCGUUCACGGCCCACUCGCACAAAUCGAAAAAUGGAGGCUUGAUUAAAUUAGUGCAGCAGCUUAAGGAAUCACCUAUGAAAUCUAGUACGAAUAAUUGCCAAAUAGCUACGAAAAUAUCAAUGGCGAACGAUGCCAUACAAGCUAUCAAGCAACUGAGGAAAGAAGUAGUUGAAGCAAUGCGUACCCUGAUGAGAUUAGCCAAAGAAAAACAAACAAAUGGAAUGUUACCAAUCUGCGAAGAUAUGAUUAGCAAGACUCGUAUCCUCCUCAGUCUUUGGGACCCCGGAUUAGUUGAGGAGGCCUUAAACUUCAUAGAAGAGUACAAACUAGUCACAAACGAGGACACUGGUGUAAGUGAUGAACUGAUCCUGGACAAACCGAGCCUGGCACUGUCACCGUUCAAACGGAUCACUCAGCAACUGACCUCGCUGGACCUCAAGAGUCCGGACCUGGACGAUUUCGCUACCCCAUGCACGCCAAUGAACGUCAACGACAUUUGGAACGGGAAAGAGACAAGCUCGGCGGAUAGGGAGAAUAAUUUGUUGAAUACUAGCGAAGGGGUGAAGAGCUUGUGCUCUAAUAUGGCUAGUCCCGAUGAGACGAACUUUGUGCUGUUUCCUGAUUGUGAAGACAAUCAAAACGAGCAACAGAAUGAUUCAGAAAAACCCAACAACGCUCCCGGUUCCAUGAUAUCUCCAGAACCGGCUCGGAGGUUUUUGGAUACAAACGUCAUGUGUAAUUCUCCGUCUGCAAAUUACUACAAACCGACAGACGAACCAGAGCCAUGGGACAUCACCCAAUUGAACAUUGAAGCUAGUGUCAUGUGUUUAGUUAGUAAGGUCAAGUUUUUGUGUGGAAGGUGUGGUAGUCCAGCAGUGAGGUUAAAACAAGGCUCUAGGGGGAGUAUAGGGGCAAGGAGGGCAGUUGUAACUGACCAACCUACAGCUCAAAAUGGCGUUGCUGCCACUGAAAUUGGCAAAGAUGCCGAAGCUGUAUCAAAGGCUGUUAAUAAGGUUGUGAGAAAUGGAAAUAAGUUCACAGAUGGUCUAGACUUGAACAAAAUAAACGACUGGGCAGCGGAGCUUAGACCCAGCAUGAGAAAAUUAAGGCAAGCAAUGGACGGUUUGUUAAAAACGGCCCGAUUGACACAUUCUGUCUUCAGAGUGCAAGAGGACCCUAAGGCUGCUCAAAGGGUGUGCAAUGUUAGGUAUAGGAGAGACGUUUGUUUUUCGCAAGCGUUGACGGCACUGGUGACAGGGCUGAUGACGCGCCUAUGGUGCCAUAAAUCAGACCCAACGUUCGUGACCAUUCUGAGCACGUUGGGCCCCUUGGCCGUUUUCGAGGGUCUGCUCAGCUACUACGGUCAUGAAAUCGACAUGUGGGGCGACAUGUCCAUUGCCAUCGAAGAUUUGCGUACAGUGCUGUUCAUCUUGGUCAGGAGUCCUAACCCGGCCACGGAGCCCUAUCCUACGCCUAAGGUUGGGGGCACCAGAACAGCGCUCACGGUGUCACUGCCUGUACCUGACGCUCUAUACAGCCUAAUACCUACAAGGCAAACGUUGUCUUUCCACGUCACUCCGGUAUUUUUCAAUAUCGGAAUAAACGAAAUGGCUACAAUUGCGGAAAGUAUAGGAGCUACAAGGCCACAGGAAAGAUCGAAUAUGGACAAUUUCGAAAGGCUGAACGAAUAUUUUCUUAGGUAUAAAAAAUUGAAUAUCCCCGAAUCCAACGUCUCCUCGGGAAGAAUGCUCUACUGUUCGCCUCAAAUGCGAUCACUGAGCGAACUAAUGAUAGACUUGAAGAGCUCAGUACACAGUUCCAAAGCCAAAAACGUUGAAAUUCUGCAUUUGGCUGCGCAUAUUUGCAGGCUGAUGAAAGGAAUCAGAUUUACCAGUUGUAAAAGUGCCAAAGAUAGGACAGGGAUGUCCAUUACGUUAGAGCAAUGCCAGAUAUUAGCUGAUGAGUACCAUUUAGCUGAGCACGAGUUUCAAAAAGCGUUGGAUUGCAUGCGAAGUGAGGGCUGUCGAAAGGAAAACACGUUAAAGAACAUCGGAGUGGCUAAAUACGCCUUCAAUUCGAUGCAACUAUUGGCCUAUCCCCGAUCGUAUAGACCGCCGCCUGGAACGUACGGUUCAGCACAAACGUAGUCAGUCAAAUCGCACAGAUGUAUACCCAAUUACUUCUUUGUAUGGAAUUCUACAUAUUAUGUGUAAAAAGUUGGUGCCUAAAAUGGAUACCGGUAUUUUUAGAACAACAAUCAUUUUAAAACAAAAUAUAGAAAAAAAUCACAGUUUCGGUAGUCUUAAUAAUAAAUUAGCGGUGCACACACUAGACCAACCAAUCAUUUUUUUCAUCUGGCACGAUUUUUACAUCCAAUCAGCACUGUAAUUAACUUUCCAGUAAAGCAACCCUUCCUUAUGCGGAAUAUUAUUUUUUUAACUUAGUUAUAGAUCUUAACGCAUAGAAUAAAAGUUGGCUGUCGAUAUCCUAGUUCAAGUGCAAUAACACGGUCAGCAAUAGCUGUUUGGUGUUUAUUUACAGUCUUAUCAAAAUCCACACAGACAACACCGCAUACGAUAUAUUUUACUUUUUCAGCUAUUUGUCGGGAAAGUAUUGCGAUAAUGUGGAAGUAUUUCUAAAAUUUUGAUAUAAACCCAAGACGAAAAAGCUUCGUGCGUUUCAAAAACUGAUCCAGUGCCGGCAGAGUCAUGAACAGAAAACAAUUUCAGAACGUUCGGAUUCGAUGUUUGAUCACUUUUACGAGAACGCGAAAAUAUUUUUUGGGAGGUCGAGAUUUUUUCAAAUCUAAACAUAUUCAAAAAGAAUUUAUAGAAUAAUUUACAUUGAAGCAUAAUAUGCAUAAUACUACGCUUAUUGUAUCAAGGAAUAAAAAGCUUUGUAGUUUUUCAAAAUCGGUCCAGUGGUGUGGGCGUGAAGGGCAAAAAAAAAUCAAACUUCGUUUUUUGACGUUUCAAAGGCUCCUGAUCAUUUUUAGAAGAAUAUUGGUAGGAGUUAAAAAUCGGGGGUGUCACUUUUUGGCCGCAGUAUGAUGACAGCAUUGCAUGGAAGGUACAGAGUCAAUCUACUUGACGCCAUUUUUUUAGUAUUCAAGGCUAUUGCUGGCCAUAUCUCUAGGGGCUCUUUGAUAUAUUCCAUAAAUAUUUGCAAUUUUGUUCUACGUGUUGAGAUCCUGCUAAUUCCGAUUUGUAAAAAUGCCAUUUUUCAUAAGGAUUCUGCAUGUUAAUUUACCUAGAUGCAUAAUCUUUCGGUUUUUACUAUUAAUACCACAGUUGAAUUCAUGUAGUACCAACUUAACGGCUGUUGCGAAUAUCCAUACGAGUAUUGAAAAAAAAAAUGAAUUAGAUAAUAUGAAAAAAGUUUUACUUAAAUCAAGGUGCCAAUUACUCUAUAGUCAUAUUUUAUUACUUAUAUGUUAAUAUUUAUUGUUAUUGAUACGUUUUGUAGUUAACAUGUUUAAUAUAUUAUUUACAUUUUUUAUUUAUGUUUAAUAAUUGGUGUAUUUGAAGAAUUAUAGUACACGGGACAUUGUCCUUUCUUUUAGAUAUGUC